UCACAUCAGAUUGUGGGCUACAUAGAUAGCAAAAUGAGCCGUGUUUAUCACUGGUGACGUGUGCUUGUCACAUCUAACCUGGUGACAGCUUCACCAUACGGUCUCUGCAGACACUGAUACGCGAGGGGCCUACCAUCACUCGGCAUAAUCUGUGUCGCACAUCGGAACUCUUGGUUGAAAAGUGAUAUUUGAAGUAGCUAAUUCUGUAUGGAUAGAGGUAUCCGGUCAUCUGACAGCACAGGACAAACCUGCUCAACAUCGAACAGGAUGGUCGGGAGACGGUUUGUAUGUUAUUUUAGUGCCAUUCUCUUUGUAACCUGCUUCCUCGGUAUCUAUUACACAUACUUCAAAAGACCACCGCUCGAUGAACUCAUGCGUAUGAACAGCAAAAGAACAUUUUCGACCAGAGCACGAAGCGACACAAAUGACACAGUAGCCAAUAUGGAUGAAGAUGGCUUGACGGACGGGAAAGUUGACGCCAGUGCGGAACACUGGGGGAGUUUUGUUCGCAGGAAUAGCUUUAUAUCGGUGGGAGAAGUGUGGGACCGCGGCUGCGACGAGAAAGGACGCAAGACAAUUGGGACCGUCGUCAUGAUGCCUGACAAAGAAACAGGGGAGUUGAAAACCAGGACCUUCGUCAACUACACAUUACAUGAAGAUGUGGAGGAAGGCGAGUUUUACCUGGAUGUGAAGUAUAACAACAAUAACCUAUUUGACAACCACUGGGACCUGUGUACGCUAGAAGACGAAACCGACCAAGACAAAAGGACAAUCGUUUGCCCAAUAAAGAGUGGAUUCAAGAGCGAAAUAAAGGACCGCGAGAUUCCCUCUUAUCUGCCCAAAGGCGAGUACUACACCCGCUCCUGGAUCACCAAUGAGAAGGGAGUUACAAUUGUGUGCGGCUACUCGGACUUUGUGUUAUAAUACAUUGUGGGCAGAAUGCAUGUCACCAGUGCACGGUGUGAAGACAUUCAACGACCAUAUUGUUUAUCUGUCGGUCGCGGUGUGCAGUCACUUGAUGGGUUUUUUGUUGCAUUGUUUCAUAAGACUAAUCUCGUUAAAUAUGUUCAAGUUAUUGUAAGAGCUGUUUUGUGUAUGACUGCAACAAUGGCUUUUUGUUGGAGAGAGUGGUUCGUAACCUUUAUUCUGAUACUAGUAUACCGUUGUAAAACAAUUAGUAUCACGCUAUUUAUACAAUGACGAUAUACCUCAGUGUAUACUUCUGUGUAUCAACUCUGCUGUGAUCAAUCUGUCAAAGUUCCCCGUGACUGCCAGACUUAAAACGUUUUGGCAGAAGGGGGAUUAUAAGACGUUUGUACACAUUUUAGAAUUAUAAAACAGUUUAAACUAUU